AUGAGUUAUAAAAGUAAUAAUAAAAAAAAGUUGAAAAAUAUACCAGACGGUUACGAUAAAAUAAAACAGGUUUUAGAUGAUUAUGACCACCAACUUAGACUUAUCACCAUCAAUAAUAAAAGGGAUACCGGGACUAAUAAUUCCAAUUUGAUGUCUAAUGACGAAGAUUUGUGGGAAAUAUAUAAAAUAAAUCACUUAAAAUCUAAAUAUAUUUAUGAUCUAUAUUACAAAAGGAAAAUUAUUAACGCCAAAUUAUAUCAUUGGCUUUUAAACAAUAAUAUUGUGGACAAAAACUUAAUAGCCAAAUGGAAGAAAAGAGGAUACGAAAAGUUAUGUUGUAUAAGGUGCAUUGAACAAAGUAAUGGAAGCGGUGUUACCUCUAAGGAUGGAAUAAGGGGCAAAGUUUGUAUUUGUAGAGUACCGAAAUCUGUAUUAUUAAGCAAAGAGAAAGAGAGACAAAAAAAAAAUAAUAAUGAAGAGGAAGGCAAGAAUACGCUUGAUGAUGAUGAUUUAUUCAAAGUUGUUCUUAAACCCUGUGGGAGAUGUGGUUGUAAUGGAUGUGCUAGUACUGACUGA